CCUUUGCGCCAUCCAUCCGUCACAGGAACAAGAUAAGGUCGCACGGUGCACAGUUUAGCCGAGUCUGAGGAGAAAGCAGUCAUUUAACCAUGCUGGGACAAGCCGUGAGACGAUUCGCGACAUCCGCUGUCCGUUCUUCACACUAUGCAGAAGGACCAGGGAAUAACUUGCCCUUCUCUGUGGAGAAUAAGUGGCGCUUGCUGGGCAUGAUGGUCCUGUUCUUUGGCAGUGGCUUCGCAGCUCCCUUCAUUGUUGUCAGACAUCAGAUCCUAAAGAAGUAGAAUGGCCCAGCCCUGUUCUGCUGCUUCCAUGGUCAUCAGCUGGAGCAUUUAUCCAUCCCAGUUCUGUCUCUACAGGCGAAUGGAAAUCUCUUAUUUGUCUUUGUAAAUAAAGUUUACCCAAAUAUGAA